CCGCUGUCCCCACGCGUCUUCUGCUUCGCUCAAUGCCCCGCCCCCCGGCGACCAGGUUCGGCUGAGUCCCCGCCCCCAGGCCGCUCCGCCCUUUCACGGCGCGUGCGGGCAGCGUCCCACAAACCAGGAAGCGGAGCGCGGCGAGUGGCGGUCUCUCAGACACAGUUGACCGUUGAGGAUGUGGACAUCAAGUUCACUCCAGAGGAGUGGGAAUGCCUGGACCCUGCUCAGAGGGCCUUGUACCGGGACGUGAUGGUGGAAACCUACAAGAACCUGCUGUCUGUGGAUGUGUCUCGUAUAGAUAUGACCAUGAAAUUACAAGCAAAAGGAAACAGUGGAAAAGGAGAAAUUUUUCAAAGAGUGAUAUUUGGGAGAGCUGAAACUUCUGAAAUUAAAGAUUUUUUCCUCAGGAAGAUACAGGAAACUGUGGAUGGUUUUGAGAGUCUGUGGACAGAUAAUGAAAGAAGAGACUAUGGAAUAUCUAUAUCCCAUAACAAAAAUCUUACUGAUGGAAGAGAUCAUCAGAGUAGAAAUGAUGAAGGAGAUAAGCCUGUUGAAAGGCACGGAUCAAACUUUCAUGAUGAAUUGCAGAUGCUUCAGUCUGAAGGGACAAUUUUUGAACGUAGUCAAGUUGUGAUGCAUAUGAACAGUAGUGCUUCAGUUUUGCCAAUUCAGAGAACUCAUAGUGUCCGCAAAGGCAAUUCUCAUAAUAAUGAGUGUGCUGUUAUGCAUCCCUCAGAACAGGCCCCAGACCUAGAAGGACACAAGAAAAAAUCUUACAAAAGUAAUGAGUGUGGCAUAACCAUGCUUCAGGACUCAGAACUCACUAGACAUCAAAGAAUCCAUAUAGGAAGAUUACCAUAUAAAGCUGACGUAUGUGGCAAGGCGUUUAAUGAUAAUAUGAGGCUUGCAGUUCAUCAGAGAAAUCAUACUGGAGAGAAACCGUAUAAAUGUGAUGUAUUUGGCCACUGCUUUAAGCACAAUGCACACCUUCAAAACCAUGGGAGAACUCAUACUGGAGAGAAACCAUAUAAAUGUGAUGUGUGUGCAAAAGCCUUUACUUGCAAAGAAAGUCGGGCACUUCAUCCAAUCCUUCAUACUGGAGAGAAACCAUAUAAAUGUGAUAUAUGUGGCCGUGGCUAUACUCGAAAGUCAGACCUUGGAAUUCAUCAGAGAGUUCAUACUGGAGAGAAGCCAUAUACAUGUGAUGUGUGUGGCCAUGGCUAUACUCGAAAAUCAGACCUUGGAAUUCAUCAGAGACUUCAUACUGGAGAGAAGCCAUAUAAAUGUGAUCUCUGUGGACAGGCCUUUACUCACAAAGAAAGCCACACAGUUCAUCAGAUCCUUCAUACUGGAGAGAAACCAUAUAAAUGUGAUGUGUGUGGCCGUGGCUGUACUCAAAAAGCACAACUUGUAAUUCAUCAGAGAGUUCAUUCUGGAGAGAAGCCAUAUAAGUGUGAUCUGUGUGAACAGGCCUUUACUCGCAAAGAAAGCCACACAGUUCAUCAGAUCCUUCAUACUGGAGAGAAACCAUAUAAAUGUGAUGCCACCGUGAUUAUAGGACUGAAUGAUGUACCAUCUGCCUAUGCAAAGAGCAACCUGGACAUUAAGGGGCUUGGGCUUUUCAUGGGAGGGGAGUUGACAGGUUACUGA